AUGGCGGCUCAGAUACGAUUCCAUAAUGGCGGGAAUCGCAAACCCUACGUCCCCAACCCGCUGUUUCGAGGGCAGGCCGCCAAAAGAGGCGGGUGCGGGGGCGGUAGAAAUGGUUCGGGCAACAACAACGACCGGGGCGGUGGUAGAGGCGGGUUCAAUAAUAAUAACAACAGAGGAGAAGGUGGUGGUGGUGGUGGUCGCGGUGGUCGCGGUCAUGACAAUAACAAAGGUGGCGGUGGUCGAGGUGGAUUCAACAACAACCACGAUAAGAACAAAAACAGAAACAAAAAUGACAAGAACGAUAAGAACAAUAAACGGCAGAGAAAAGGGAAAUGGGGUCCCCCACUCCCCGACCCCAGCGAAUUCGACCAGCGUACGGCCAAACCACCGGAGAAUUGGGGCUUCGUCAGCAGUAAGGCCCCUGAGCCCGAGGAUAUUUUGAUGGAGGAUGCUCCUCCGCUGGAGUAUUCGGAUACCAGCAUGGGAGGCCUGUCGGAUGGCAGCGAGUCGGAUACCUCGACGGCGAGCUCUUCGGAUUCAGAUACUCCGGGGAGAGGACAUGCUGGUCCGGGUGCCUCGAAGAAAGGACGUUCUGGUUCGGGUCCUGCGAAGGGGGGACGUUCUGUUCCAGAUACUUCAAAGGAGAAACAAUCUGCUCCAAGGAUUCCGACGAGGAAAGAACAACCUGUACCAGACACCUCGAAAGAUGAACAAUUCGAACCUAUCUCAUAUACCACGACAAAGGAAGACCGCUCCAGCCCAGGUGCCCCAGAAGACGAACGCUCUUAUUCAAGUGCCUCGGUCAGUGAAAACUCGGAUUCAGAUACGGAUACCUCGGUCAGCGAAAACUCGAGUUCAGCUACAGAUGUCUCAAUAGGUGAAUCCUCCGACUCAGAUACGGACGCCUCGUUCAGCGAGCCCUCGGGGUCAGAAGACUCCAUGAGGAGUCAAUCGGACGCGGAUCUGGACGGAUGA